AUUUUAUACUAGAAUAAUUUUAUAUAGAACUUUGUUUUACUGAUUUUUUUAAUAGUUUGUAGUAAACUUAUAAGUUUAUCUUACGAAAGAUACUUGUAAAAAUUGUACCAUAUUAUUUUGUUUGGUAAAAUGUAUGUGAAUAUCAAUAACUAUUUUAAUUGAGACUGUUUAAAAAUAAAAAUGUCUCAAGGUUAUUCUGAAGAUUAUAAAGGAAAAAAGUCUCCAGUUAAAAAGAUAAAAGAUGAUCUUAAACAAACAGGUCCCAAACGAUUACCAAUAGUAUUGGCCAAACAUGAUGGAUCUAUUGAACGAAUCCAAGAACCUGAAAAAUGUCAUUCACAACCAACUAUCUUAAUAAAGCCUCGAGAUACAGAAAAUAGAUCUUUGUCGCCUACUCAGAAGUGUACUCCUCAAAUUAUAACCAAAAAAGAAGAAUCUUAUCAGACUUGUAUACAAAAAUCAGGAAAUGAAGAUCAAGUACAAGUUCCAGCUGAAAUGAAAACACCAGUUAAAUUGAUUGAUGAUUAUAUGCAAUUUCUUAAUGAAGGCUUAAGUAACAGUUUAUUGGAACAAACUGAUUUCUUAGUUAUUGGUUGCCUUGGAUUGCAAGGAGUCGGAAAGUCAACCCUUAUGUCUUAUAUUGCAAACAAGCCUAAUGUGUUUCCAACUACAACAUCUGAAUAUCUAGAAACAACACAAAAUUGUACUUCUGGUAUUGAUGCCUUUAUAACUAAAAAUAGAGUUAUUUUGUUAGACUGUCAACCUAUAUUAUCAUCAUCGGUUGCUUACUCAACGAGUCAAAAACGUAUAGUGCAAUCUAUUGAUUCAUCAAGUUUACCAUUUGACAAUGAAAUGAUUUCUUUGCAGCUGGCUGCAUUUUUAUUAUCAGUAUGUCAUAUUGUGUUGUUAGUCCAAGAUUGGUUUUUUGAUCCCAAUAUUUUUAAAAUAUUACAAACAGCUGAAAUGUUAAAGCCACCCAUGCCAACUUCACAUCGCAAUGAAGAACUUGUAGAAUAUUUUCCUCAUAUUGUUUUUGUGCAAAAUAAAUCAUUUUAUUCAGAUUUUAGUAUAAAAAAUAUUAAAACAGUACAACAUAUCUAUGCUCAAUUAUUUGCACGAUCUCGUCUUCACAUACAGAGUGGAAUAAGUAUUGCUAAUGGCAAUGUUAUUAGUGAAUUAAAUCCAUCAAAUUGUGGUGAUCCAAUUAAUUUAUUUGUCUUGGCCAAUAGUGAAAAAGAAAAAAAAUCUGAAAUGAAUGGUUAUCACAAAAUGCACCCAGGCCAAUCAAUUCUAAUUCAAGAACUCAGAAAACAACUAUUGGGCUUACCAAUAUCACCACUUACACACACUCAAUUAACUGAAAAAACUUGGUUACAUUAUUGUUCCAAAGUAUGGGAUGCAAUCAAGAAAAGUCAAUUUUUCAAUGAAUAUAAUAGACUUCAGGCAUAAUAUAAAUUGUAUAGUUUAAAUUUAAAGUAAUAA